GUCUUUUAAGUGGUUCCUUUAAUUCAUAUCCUUCCCAGCUGUAGUGUUGUGUUGAGCAAUCUAUGAAUAAAGAAUGGCCACUGCUGCUGGUGAGGCGUGUCAUUCCCCAGGCUGUGGACUCGCCAAGUUGCAGUUUGCUCCAUUUAGUAGUGCCUUGGAUGCUGGAUUCUGGCAUGAACUGACCCAGAAAAAGCUUAAUGAGUAUCGCCUGGAUGAGGCACCAAAGGAUAUUAAGGGCUAUUAUUAUAAUGGCGAUUCAGCUGGCCUGCCAGCACGUUUGACUUUGGAGUUUAGUGCUUUUGAUAUGAAUGCUCCUACCCCAGCCCACUGCUGUCCAGCCAUCGGAACUCUAUUUAACACCAACACUCUUGAGUCCUUCAAAACUUCAGAUAAGAAGUUACUUCUGGAAAAAACAGCAGAGGAGAUUUGGGAAUCAAUAAAAUCAGGCGCUGCUCUCGAAAACCCCGUGCUCCUUAACAAGUUCCUGCUCUUGACAUUUUCUGAUCUAAAGAAAUACUACUUCUACUACUGGUUUUGCUACCCUGCCCUCUGCCUUCCAGAUGGUGUAGCCCUUCUUCAGGAGCCAAUACGUUUGGAUCAAAAGUUUUCUCCAAGCCAGAUUCAAGCCCUUGAAUGUGCAUAUGAUAAUCUUUGCCAGGCAGAAGGAGUCACAGCAUUGCCUUACUUUUUAAUUAAGUAUGACGUAAAUUCCGUCCUGGUCUCCUUGCUUAAACACUGCAGUGAUUUCUUCCAAGAUCAGAGGAAAAAGAUUACAGUUGGAGUAUAUGAUCCCUGUAAUUUAGCACAAUAUCCUGGAUGGCCUUUGAGGAAUUUAUUGGUCCUGGCAGCCUACAAAUGGAGUGACCGUUUCCAGUCAGUUGAAGUCCUCUGCUUCCGGGACCGGACCCUGCAGGGGGUGAGGGACAUCACCCACAGCAUCAUCUUCGAAGUCCAGCUUCCACAACUGGCAUAUAACUCAGGUUGCCCAAAAGCUGUUGGUUGGGAAAAGAACCAGAAAGGAGGCAUGGGUCCAAGGAUGGUGAACCUCAGUGAAUGUAUGGACCCCAAAAGGCUGGCCGAAUCAUCUGUGGAUCUGAAUCUUAAGUUGAUGUGUUGGCGGUUGGUGCCUACUUUGGACUUGGACAAAGUUGUGUCUGUUAAAUGUUUGCUACUUGGAGCUGGUACCCUGGGCUGCAAUGUAGCCAGGACAUUAAUGGGCUGGGGAGUCAGGCGCAUCACCUUUGUGGACAAUGCAAAGAUCUCUUAUUCGAAUCCUGUGAGACAGCCCUUGUAUGAAUUUGAAGACUGCUUGGGAGGAGGGAAGCCAAAGGCGCUUGCUGCGGCAGAGAGGCUCCAGAAGAUAUUCCCAGGAGUGAACGCUGCGGGGUUUAAUAUGAGCAUCCCCAUGCCGGGCCACCCUGUGAACUUUUCCAGCGUCACCAUGGAACAAGCCCAGAAAGAUGUGGAGCAACUUGAGAGGCUCAUCGAGGACCAUGAUGUGAUUUUCCUCUUGAUGGACACCAGGGAAAGCCGAUGGCUGCCUGCACUCAUUGCAGCGAGCAAGAGGAAGUUGGUCAUCAAUGCUGCCUUGGGAUUUGACACAUUUGUUGUCAUGAGACAUGGACUGAAGAAGCCCAAACAGCAUGGGGCUGGGGACCCACAUCCCAGCCAUAUCACUGCAUCCGCCGACCUAGGAUCAUCCCUUUUCUCCAACAUCCCUGGCUACAAACUUGGCUGCUACUUCUGCAAUGAUGUUGUGGCACCGGGGGACUCAACCAGAGAUCGGACCUUAGACCAGCAGUGCACCGUCAGCCGACCAGGACUAGCCAUGAUCGCGGGAUCCCUGGCAGUGGAGCUGAUGGUUUCUGUCCUCCAGCAUCCAGAAGGGGGCUAUGCUGUUGCUAGUAGCAGUGAUGAUCGCAUGAACGAACCUCCCACUUCACUUGGGCUUGUGCCUCAUCAGAUCCGAGGGUUUCUGUCAAGGUUUGAUCACGUCCUUCCUGUCAGCCUGGCCUUUGACAAGUGUACUGCUUGUUCCUCUAAAGUCCUUGAUCAAUAUGAGAAAGAAGGAUUUAAUUUCCUGGCAAAAGUGUUUAAUUCUUCACAUUCCUUUUUAGAAGACUUGACUGGACUUACUUUGUUACAUCAAGAGACUCAAGCUGCUGAGAUCUGGGACAUGAGCGACGAUGAUACCAUCUGAAGCAGGCACAGAUUCCUGGUGGCCCCAGGCUGCAGGUGACCAGCCACCAUCUCCCAGCUUGGCCUGCUCCUCACCCAGCCCCAGCUGGCGUCUGGGAGCCGAUUCGCCCUUGGGGCCGAAAGCCAGACUAACUACUCUGGGAGCUAUCAUUCUCUCCGCCUCCACGUCUACACUUCCUUUGGAGAUGGGGUUGUGUAGACCAUGCUUGCUCAUCGUAUACAUUCUGCACUGUGACUCAUGGGUCACGUACCUACCUACGUAACAGGCACUUUCCCUUUUUCUGCUUAUUUUACCCAUCAGUCCUAGGCUGAUUCGCUGUGGAAUUUCCAUGCUGUAUGGCUUUGAACCCUUCCCUCAAGCUCCCACUUUUCCUUAACCUUGGCAAAUAUUUGAUAUUCAAACUACCAGGGAUUGCCCCCCACAGGUGGGAAGUUAUUCUGCAGUAGGAAAGCAGCCCCGUCCUGUGGUCUGAAGGCUUCUGGUUCUCAGCACUCAGAAACGUCCUGGAGGAAAAAAGAAAGAGCUGCCCACAUGCAUUGUUACCUCUAUUUAAAGAAGAAUGCUAGCUUCCUGCCAUUCCAAUGUCCCUUCAACCUAGGGUGACGCCUGCUGGAAGGAAUGUCCGCACCAUGCUCUUGUUCUUUCUAGAAUACCUGGGUGUGGGGAAGCCCCGUCAGCAAGCCAGGAGGAGGGUGGGAAGCCCAACCUAUCUUCCUCUUCCUUGGACCAGGAGUUCUAGUGUUCUCCUAGACCCCAUGGGUUGGCUUAAGGUGCCCAAAACCAAGUGCUUAUGUUAAAGGAGAUUAUGGGCCUUUCCCAGAGGUCCCUCAGACCCCACUCUGGACCAGAAGCACAGCAAUAACACUUUCCCCAAUAGGGCCUUCUUAUCCUCUCACCUCUGCUGGUGUACAUAGCACAGCGCCCACAAUGCCCUAAGAGGGCAAAGACAGGGAUAGAAAGCCAUUUCUGCCAGGAUCUUGAGCUUGGCUCAGCUACAAGCUUGCCAACAACAAGCCAGUUCCCAUAGGUGCUGUCCCAAACCUUUGACCUGCUCUGCUCUCCCACCUGGAUAGCAAGGCAGUAAAGGCCAGAGAGGAACCUGUGGACAUUUCAUAGCACAGUCCGUACCAGCAAGCUCUGUGAUCACAAGCAGGUCAUCUCAUCUCUGUUUCCUAAUCUGUGCAACGAAGGGGCCAGGCUUGGUGAUGCAGUUCUGAAGUCCCUGCCAGCUCCAGCAGUCUUUGUUUCAAGAGCCUGGUGGGCCUGUUUCACAAGUCUUGGGCCCCUGCCUUUGCAGGCAGGCUCACUCAUUAAGAGAGAACUCCAUGGAGGUCAACUCAUGGUUGUUUUAUCACCUAACCCUUUGUCCAGAGAAGCAACUUACCCUGUCACGGGUAAAGAGUGGGAUGGGAGAGAGAGGGGACCUUGGGACUGGAGCCUGUGGGAAGGGCCGGGGAAUGCCAUCCAGUGCAAUGAAAGCCAUAUGGAGUGAAAACAGGGAUUAAAAAGUCAGUGGAA